CGUAAUUUCUUUUUGAGUUUCCCGCGUUCAGUCACCCAGUAAACUGUACUUCGCGUCUCAAGAUGGGUAAAAAACGGGGAACAAAACCUGGACCAUCUUCCCGGAAACCCAAGGCCUUGAACCGCGCGGAUGGUAAAUUGAAGAAAUGGGACAAACUUUCGGAUAUACUCAUGGAUGAAGAGGACCAAUUUCAUGCAUCCAGAGAUAGAAUUCUCAUUGCCGGUGAUGAAGGAGAGGAUGAGGAUGGCUACGACGAUGAAGUUUUCGCUCUGAACAGAGUGUCAGACGAAGACGAAGAUGAAUACGGAAUGGAUGUUGACGAAGACAUGGAUGAUGAUGGUAUGGACUACGAGGAACAACCUAGCCCCAAAAACGCCGUCAAGUCAAAGAAAAAGAAAGCCAAAGGCAAGGGCAAAGCGGCCUCUUCUGAAUCUGAAGAAUCCUCCGAGUCCGAAGAGGAAGAGUCGUGGGGAAGAUCAAAAUCAGCAUACUACUCUUCUAAUGCUGCCCAGUUGGAAUCCGAUGAUGAAGAAGGAAACGAACUGGAAGAGCAGGAGGCCAGGCGUCUACAGGCCAAGAUGCGCCAGGACAUGACUGACGAUGACUUUGGGCUAAAUGACCCCAUAGACUUGACGAUAGAUGUAGAGAGUAAUGACGCACUGGCUGAACCACGACCCCCAGCGGUACAGCAACUGCCUUCAGACAAUGCUUCACUCAUUCGGCACUUUGAGCGCACAGACCCGGAAAGUCUUGCGCUUGGUCGAGACUGGACAGAUACGGCGGAAACCCUUGUAAAAACUAAAGAGAAGAUUACCCGUACCGAAAGUGAGGCGCCCGACGCGUUGAGUCUUGGAAUGAUGCAUCUCUAUUAUCAGACACUUUUGACCUACGCCAGCACACUCGCUUUCUACAUCCACCUACGAGCAAAGGAAAAAUACGCUCGACACCCGGAAUUACUCAAGACCCAUCCCAUUAUGUCACGGCUAUUGACGUUGAAGCAAUCCCUCCUCACGCUUGAAGACCUUGACUUCGGCAACUCCGACUUGGGUAGCAACGAAAGUGACUUUGACUUAGAUGGCUUGGACCGUGAUGAGAUGCGAGAUGCCGAAAAGUUAUGGGAUGACGAUCGGCAACCUCAGUUCCAAGCCGAGCUCGCAGAACUCUUGAGGGAAGGCAAUAUAAAUUAUCCUCCUGUACAGGUCAAGCAGCUCCAAGCGCCAGCUUUGUCGUCAGAAAACGGAUCUCGUCCUAAGAAGAAGCGGAAAACGACGAAAUCUGCACCUCUUCAAGACGAUGGCGAACCCGUAUUUGAUCUCGUCGAGCCUGAGUUUACUCCAUCUCAGAGCUCUUCUUCAAAACCGCACGUCGAUGUAGCUGAUGCAUUUGGCGAAGUGACUUCUUUGCAACACGUAGACGCCGCUGACAAGAGUGCGCGUAGGAAGAGCUUGCGGUUCCACACCUCCAAGAUUGAAAGCACUAGUUCGCGGAGGAAGGGUGCGAGAAACAGCACGGUUGGAGGUGAUGACGAUAUUCCUUAUCGUGAGCGUAAGAAGGAGAAGGGAAAGCGGACCGUUGAGGAGGCUCAAGCGAGACUUGCGAAGCAAGGCGGGGAGGAUUUGGAUGACAUCGAUCCAGAACUCACGCAUGCUAAAGAUAUGGACGUUGACGAUGCAGAAGUAGAGGACGCCGACGGUUACUAUGAGCUAGUAAAGAAAAAGGCCCAAGACAAAAAGGAGAAGAGGAAAGCCGAGCACGAGGCCAGAACGGCUCGCGUCGACUACGAUGAUGAAGAUGCGACUGGGCCACGGUCACUCACGCGUGCCAUUCUUAAAAAUAAGGGUCUUACACCUCACCGUCCCAAAAAGCGGCAAAAGUUCGACAAGGCGAAAAAGAAAAUCGCGUCCCAAAAGGCUGUCUACAAAGGUGGUGAUUCUGGUCGGUAUGAAGGCGAGAGGUCUGGUAUAUCGAAGGUUGUCAAAUCAGUACGUUUGAGUUGAGGACAUAUAUGUACGCACCUAUAGAGUAUCUUAGCCAUUCUCUUCUGCGCAAUCAGCCAUGCUCUGGUGUUUGGUUUAUUAUCGUCACGGUCUUUCAGGCGGCGCCCAGUCUGGACUAAUCACCUGCUCAGCUUU